AUGAAGGAGACUCCGAUAUCGUUGUGUGAAAAGGGAUUCCUUUUAGAGCUCCGUGGGAGGGUCGAGAUUGCCUGGACUACAGUUGAAAUCACUUACGGGCUUGACUGGGGUUGUUGUCAAGUUAGGCUGGGUAAAACAAGAAUAUUGGCGCAGGUUUCUGCUCAAGUGGUUGAACCAAUGUUUACCCGACCCAACGAGGGGACUCUUCAAGUUAAUGUAGAGCUAACCUCUUUAGGGUCCCCCAGUUUUGAGGGUGGACGGGCUGGAGACCAAGGAGUAGAGCUGAGUCGACUAUUGGAGAGAACACUCAAGGAAUCAAGAUGUCUAGAUCUAGAAUCUUUAUGUAUUGUUUCAGAAGAAAAAGUUUGGGAAAUACGUCUUGAUAUCCAUGUUCUAAAUCAUGAAGGAAAUCUGUUUGAUGCUUCUAGUAUAGCAGGUACAGACGGCAAGAUGGUUCUGGGAGUAAAUGGAUACAGAGAGAUUUGUACCCUUCAUUUAGCUAGUCAGAUCCUGGUGGAGAAAAAUCUAGUUCUCCGACUCGCAACUACAGCUGCUGAGAGAGCUAAGAGAACCGUGGAUAAAAUUAAAGCUAGUCUUGCUCAGGAUGAAGAGGCGAGGAAGAACAAAGGAGCUCGGGGCUUCGCAGCCAAAACAAGAAACAAUUCUAUCCUUAACAAUUCUACUCCGAGAAGUAUGUUUGAUUUUACUCGUGUUGUCCCUCUUGCCAGAGCUGUGGUAAAGAACUCUAAACCUCAGAAAACAACUAAACAAAAACUAGGUAUAGAUGGAGAUGUGGUUGAUCUAGUUCCUGAAGGUAUGGAAGAGGAGGAUGGAGAGGACAAGGAGGACGAUGAGGACGAGUCCUCGGAUGCUGAUUCAGAUUGCGAGGUUACAUCCGUGAAAACUAAAGAAGAGCUUCUUCGGGAGAAGAUCAAGGAACAUAUAGACCUAGAGGAUAGUGAGGAGGAGGAGACAACUACCUUGACAUCAGUUUAAUUCAGAUGUAUGAGUUGUAGGAGUUGGUUUAAAAGAAGAAACCUAAACACGUGAAAUACAUUCAGAAAUCUACCGUUAAUUAAUCUUAUUCUAGUUACAACUAAAUGAUUUAGUAUGAUUUAAGAUUUCUACCUGAUUUUUUAUAUUUUUUUCUUGCAGAAAAA